CGGAGAGGAGAGAAUGGGAGCCACAAUGCGAGUUGUUAUGAUGAUUGGGAUGGUGGCAAGUCUUGUUUCCAUUGCUCAUGCAGCUACGGGAACGGCCACUUUCUACACACCACCUUAUGUUCCCUCUUCUUGCUAUGGCUACCAAAACAAUGGGGUGAUGAUUGCUGCUGCAAGUGACACAAUAUGGAACAAUAGGAAAGCUUGUGGGAAAACGUGCACUGUUAGAUGCACGGGACCUACAAACCAGGGGAUCCCACAGCCAUGCAGGGGUAGUGUUGUGGUUAAAAUUGUUGAUUACUGUCCUCCCGGUUGUGCUGGAACCAUUGAUCUCUCCAAAGAAGCAUUUUCCAAAAUUGCAAAUCCAGAUGCUGGAAAAGUUAAAAUCGAAUAUAACUGCGUUUAAACUUUUGAUUGGAAUCAGAAAGCUCCCAGAAGUCCAAUAAAUGAUGUUUAGAAAUAAGUAGCUUCCCUGUGGGAUUUUAUAUGGUACAAGAUUUAUGUAUGAGCUACUACUGAGUAGCAUAUAUGUGUCAAAAAAUAUAAUAACCAGCAAAAAGCUGUCGAAGCUGUUUGGUGCAUUAAA